UUCCACUCUAUUACAGCUCUAUUCCAUAAAAUGUCAGAAGAUAGUGAUCAUGAGCUUUUAAGGUGCACUAUAAAGGCACCAUAAAAACUAUACUAAAUGAAAGAAAGGCCUCCCUAUAUGUAUAUGUUGUAUUUGUGUGUGUGUGUGUGUGUGUGUGUGUGUGUGUCUGCCAUAACCCUCCUCGAUCAAGAUGUGGUUGCGGCCUUGAUUCAACCACAUAAUGCACGGUUACAAUGCGGCAAGUUGCAUAGUACUGUGUGAUGACAAAGCAUCUGCUCCAACUUGCAGGAAGAUAAAAGGUCAUGUACAGCAGCAUAAAUUCAGAUAACAGCACAGCAGUACUGACAUGAAGAGUUCUGUACACAGAAACACAGCCUGAAGCUUUCAAGUUCAAUCGAUAUUUUUUUUUCUUUCAUUUCUUUAAGCAUGUUCCAAAAUGUCAACAAGGUAAAGUAUAAUAAUGGUUGAAUAGCUUUUAAGUGAUUCUGUAUAAAGUGAUUUACAACAGUGUCCUCUUUUUUGUUUGUUUGUUUGGUUGUUAUUGUAUCAGUGACUCAAUAGGUUCAUCCUCAGGGUUUGUCUCCUGCAGGUGGUUUUCACUUACUCCCAUGUUUACCCAUUUUGCUUUCUUCCUGUUCCCCACUCUAUUCUGAAAGACAACAUUAAAGGAAAAAUGUAAACAAUCCCAGCACAUCCCUCCAGUCUUUGAUGCCUGUUAAUGUGUGUGUGUGGUGUUUUUUUUAGUUUUUUUUUUUCUUUUCUGGUGCAUAAUUGCACGAGCUUGAACACUGUGCUUAUGAGGACACUCCUGCUAAUCUGCAGCCAUGCAUUAUAGAGUUAUGUCAUGCCGCAUAAGGGCCAUGCCCACUUUUAUGGAGAGCACACAGCAAGGCUUAUCACACAUUCACGACACCAGCGCGACUCUCUGCAACAGGUGAACUCACUCCCGAGUGCCACACACACGGCAGCUAUCAUGGGGAACCAACAGCAGUCAUGUCGCAUUAUCGUCCCAGUUGCCAUGUUAUUACUGGCGACUGUUGGUAUUCUUCUGCUCACCAUAAACACCGAGGACGUGAAGGAACCCGCACAGUUCAUGUAUGGUAUCGUCCUGGAUGCUGGAUCCUCUCAUACAGCUAUGUUUAUCUACAAAUGGCCCGCCGACAAACAGAACGACACUGGCAUUGUCAGCCAGCAUAGCGAGUGCCAUGUGACAGGCGGAGGAAUAUCAAGCUAUACCGACCAAAAAGGAGGAGCUGCUCAUAGCCUGGAAGAGUGCAUGGAGCAGGCUUUGCAGGACAUUCCCAAGACAAGGCAUCAGGCCACGCCUUUGUAUCUUGGAGCCACAGCUGGCAUGAGACUACUGAACAUGUCUCAUCCCAAAAAGUCAGAUGAGAUUUUGAAGGAAGUAGAAGAGAAGCUGAAGAGCUAUCCGUUUCACUUCAAAGGGGCCACCAUACUAACAGGGCGAGAGGAAGGGGCAUAUGGCUGGGUUACCGUCAACUACCUGUUAGAGAACUUUAUCAAGUAUGGGUUUGUAGGCCACUGGUUGUCCCCUGGAAAAGAUACGGUCGGUGCGCUAGACUUCGGUGGUGCCUCUACUCAGAUUACCUUCGAAACCAAGGACAAGGUGGAAGACAAGGACAACCUGAUGACGCUGCAGCUGUACGGCAGAAACUACAGCAUUUACACUCAAAGCUUCCUGUGCUACGGCAGGGACCAGAUGUUACGCCUCCUGCUAGCUGAACUGGUUAAGUCUCAGGGCACAGAUGGACUCAUAACCCACCCUUGCUUUCCAUUGGGUUACAAUGUGUCCAAGACGCUGGACAUGUUGUUCGAUUCUCCCUGCACAGCAUCCAGGAAACCCACUCCGUUUAACGGCGACAAGCAGCUUCAUAUUGUAGGCUCAGGGAACCACCAGCACUGCCUGGGGAACAUGUCUCAGAUCUUCUCUUUCCAGUCCUGCUCCUACUCCAAGUGCUCCUUCAAUGGCAUCUUCCAGCCCAGUGUUACUGGCAAAUUUAUGGCAUUUUCUGCUUUCUACUACACUCACAACUUCCUGCAGCAGGCCACUGGCAUCACUGUCACUUCCCCCAAGCUCCUAGAUGAGGCUGCCGUCACCGUCUGCAACAUGAGCUUCCAGGAGAUGCAGCAGAAGGUUCCAGAUCAGCGCAGCCGACUGCAAGACUACUGCACAUCCACGGUCUUCAUGCAGGUGCUUCUUCUGAGAGGCUACGGGUUUGAUCCGAACACUUUCUCCCGCAUCUCCUUCCAGAAGAAAGCAGGGGAUACGUCGAUCGGUUGGGCUCUUGGUUACAUCCUGAACCUGAGCAGCCUCGUGCCAUCUGAGAGCGUGUCCCUGAGAAAGGCUCUUUGUCCAGGAGCCUGGAGCAUGCUCCUCUUCCUCUUCAUUUUCCUGCUCAUCCUAGCAGUCGUGUUUCUACUGGUGGCCACGUGCUGCAAGAAGAAAGGAAAUGACAAUGUGCUAUAAUUAGGACUGUUUGCAAUGUUUCUAUGUUUUUAUGCAGUGAAUGGCAGGACAGUGGCAAAAGGGCUGAAGUAAAAUCAUGAUUUCAGUAGGUCAGUCAACAAAAAAAUAUACACUGGUACUACAGUAAAUAGCUUGAAUAAUCUCUAUCAAUUUCACCUGUAGGAGAAAAGUUAGGGGGAUCAUUUUUAAAAAAUAAAACUAAAUAGAUUUAGGAUUUUGUUUGUUUGUUUGUUUAUUUGGAAUAAAUGCAUACAGGGUUACUUUCAGUAAAAUUUUAAGUAGGUUAUGUAGCACCUUUUGAUAAAGAUUUGGUUGAUGUAAAUGUUUUAAAUGAAAUGUUAUGAUGCAAGAAUAUUUUUUUUACAAUGUGUGCAGAUCUGUGAGCUCAGGCACAAUGCGUUUUAUACUCUGAACUAUGAUGAAGAAAAGUUCUGAAUUCCUUCGCUCUGUAUGUGAUCAAUAAAAAAUAUUUUCUACA